CACGUGAUACUUCCACACGUGUGUGUUCAAUUCUUUGGUUUCUUUGCUUAAACUGUUGCUGAUUAAAGAUAAAAAUGCCGAAGGCAAAGAAAUCGAGUCGAAGGAAGAAGUAUGAUUAUAACAAGAACAAGAAAAAACUGAAAAAGCAGUUUAAAAAGAAAGCGGCUCCGAGAAUUGAGUGCCCACAGAUUCGAAAUGCCUGGAACGACAAGAAGUCAGUUGCUCAGAAUUUAAAAGACAUGGGCCUUGCCUUUGACCCAAACCUCGCUCUCCCUUUGCGCAAAAACAAGGUUCCUGGGGCCGACGCCGAAGAAACGGAGGCUCCUUUGGUGAGGAAACCUUAUGUCAUCAAAGGGUUGGAAGAAGAGGCAAAUCUCCCAACGAAAGACACAAAGUCGUUAUCCAGAGACAUCAUUGAAUAUGUGCAGUAUAUGAUAAAAGAACACAAUGACAACUAUAAGGCUAUGGCCAGAGAUGAGAAGAAUUAUUAUCAAGACACACCAAAACAAAUCAAGAGGAAAGUGGAUCAGUACAAACGCUUUCAUCCAGAGGAGUACGCUGCCUUUAUUGAGUCUCUGAAAGCACAGAAAAUGGACUGUUCGUAGACUCCGGUCUACACUGGAUGAGAAGGUACGCCAUUACGGGAAAGUGUUCCACAUAGAGACCUGCUCAUUGGCCAGAUACUGAAUACUGAUUCUCAUUGGAAAACACCUCCUGGUCUAUUAAGGAAGGACAGUUGACAGAUUUUUUGCUUCUCCUUGGACCGCCAACCUUUUUUCUUCCCCAGAAUGGACAAUGAUAAUAAUUCAUACAUUUACAAAAUGAGUACAGUAUACAAGUAAAAGCUGGACAGAUUUUUAACAAUCUUUCAAACGAAUCAUUUUUAAUAUUUUUGUGGCCAUACACAUUCAACACAAAGCUCAAAAUACCAUUACAUGAAUUGCACAAGUACAUGAAGUAAAAUUGUAUGUCAGAUAAAUAUAACUGACCUAUAUUAUGCCUCUACCACCCAGUCUGAACCAGUGUUUCCUCUGUACAUUAUCUAAAGUUACAAUGUAAACGAAAGCAUCAAACUUAAAUAUCAAGCUUUAUAUAGAGGCUUAGAAAUCUUUGUCAUUGAUGUGCACAAUAAAACCAAUGGAA